CGUGGCCUCCCGAGAGCAAGACUUUCUCCACCUUCACUAAGAAGAAUAAAAGAUAGUCCCUAACUCUGAGCUGUUUGAUGAUGAUGAUGAUGAUGAUGAUGAUACCACCAUCUUUUGGUAGUUAAGCUGCAAUAUUCUUCUGCUCAUCGCCUGGAAAAAGAAAUCAUAAAGUAAAAAUGUUACACUAAGAGUGUUCUGGUUUGAACAUGUCAUCAAGAGCUUAUUGGGAUUGUAGAAGUUACCAACCCUAUAUGGGAAAACAGAUCAACCAAAAGGAGUGAUGACCAUCAAUCUCGUGAUAAAUCCGGAUGAUAGUUCCCAUGCCUCAGGACGUCCAGUUGGGUACUUCACACCAACUCCUGGGAUCAGACUUUCAUCCACUUAAUACCCCUCUUUGCCUGUACUGCUAAAGCCUUCCUAGCUCAUCACGAAUGGCUACUCAAAGGAAACACUUGGUGAAAGAUUUCAAUCCUUACAUCACCUGCUAUAUCUGCAAAGGGUAUCUUAUCAAGCCAACCACAGUGACAGAAUGCCUCCACACCUUCUGUAAGACUUGUAUUGUACAGCACUUUGAAGAUAGCAAUGACUGUCCAAGGUGUGGCAACCAAGUGCAUGAGACAAAUCCAUUAGAAAUGCUGAGGUUGGACAAUACAUUAGAAGAAAUUAUAUUUAAGCUGGUCCCUGGACUGCGAGAACAAGAACUUGAGCGUGAAUCUGAAUUUUGGAAGAAAAAUAAGCCUCAGGAAAAUGGACAAGAUGAUACUUCAAAAGUUGACAAGCCUAAAGUAGAUGAAGAAGGUGAUGAAAAUCAAGAUGAUAAAGAUUAUCACAGAAGUGACCCACAAAUUGCUAUAUGUCUAGAUUGUUUACGAAAUAACGGACAGUCAGGGGACAAUGUAGUAAAGGGUUUAAUGAAGAAAUUCAUCCGAUGUUCUACACGUGUAACUGUGGGAACUAUUAAAAAAUUUCUAAGUUUAAAACUAAAACUACCAAGUUCUUAUGAGUUGGAUGUGCUGUGCAAUGGUGAAAUUAUGGGAAAGGAUCAUACUAUGGAAUUCAUCUACAUGACAAGAUGGCGACUAAGAGGCGAAAAUCCUCUGCUUUCAUCAUGGACUCAUGUUCUUCCUGCUCACCUUUUCUUGGUUUCGGUGUCUGAACUGCUCAGCUUCGCAAGUCUGCUCUCAGGAUGGCCCUUUGUAUCAGUCCUACCCCAUGGUAUUGCAGUAUCGACCAAGAAUUGAUUUCGGUUAGACCAAAGGGCCUAGAUCCCACCGAGAUGAAUCCUGCCCUAUUUGUUUACUCAUCGACAGAUUGCACAGUGAACGAAUGGUGUGUGGACUAGAGGGACACAAUCAGAUUUUCAGCAUGCAAAUAAGGCCACUAUCUGUCUCUCAAUUGUCGGUUGCAUUUAUGUUGUUUUUAUUAAGAGCAAACCAAGUGCCAUUCUCCUACUGAACCAUCUGCAUAAGGUAUUUGUGCUGUCUCACAGUGUAUAGUAUGUCAUGGUUACAAUCAGGUAUGCAGCCAUGAUGCAGCCAUCUGAAUAUUUUGCUUGCUUGUUCUAAGAUUCUUCUAAUGUUUGACUACACUAGUAAUAUGGCUCAAUCUUUGUGGUGUUGUAGUUUUCACAUACUGUUUUAUUCUUGUUUAAAUAGAGUACUGUACAAGAAACUAAUAAUUAUAUCUUGAAAUUAUUUUGUAUGGAAAAUAUACUUAGACAACUGGUUUUUGAGCCACUGUCCUGUUCUCGGUAAGCUUUUUGUGUACAAAAAUAGUUUACUCGAGUGUGCAAAUCCUUUUGGCAAGAAUUCAUUAUUCUUUAACAUUAAUGCAUGUUUUAAUUGUAGACAUUUUCAGUCAUUUGUCUGUGUAGUCUACCAUUUGCACAAGGAAGGCAUAGUAGCCCUCUAGAUUGAAAAUGUAUGACUUCUUAGAGAACUGAAAUUAGAUUAACAAGCAUUUGAAAUGUUGGCAGCUGAUCACAUUUACUUCUAACAAAAUUAAUGUGUGUAAGGUUAAUUUUUCAUAAUGCCUUAUGACAAGCAGGUGCUGCUUCAUGAAACAUUGUAUAGUCCAUUUUACGUGCAUCGUUUAUAUUGUUGCUCUUGUUUAAUUGAGUACAUUCUCUUUUUAAGUUAGUUGGCCUUAGGUGUGUGUCAUUGUGGCAUGCAGAGGAUUUUGAUGAUUUUAAAUAUUAGGAUUUUUAGAACAGAUAGCAUUAGCUAUUUUAUGGAUUUCAAAAGUCUCAAAGCAACUGUAGAUUAAGAACUUAUCACAUUUCCAAACCAUAUUCAUAAAAUAGAAUAAAUGCAUUGUAGUAGAUAAAUAUGCUAACCAAGAGUAAUGGUUUAAGGAUAUUUUAGCUGCUGUCGUAAUCAGGACACAAUGGGAUUACUGUUUUAUACACAAGUUCAAUAAGAUCAGAGCUGUGAUAAUAUCCUUGAUUUUAAAUUUUGUUAAGUCUUCCAUUCAUUUUGAGAUUAGUCUGCAAGUCCAAGAAAGCCUUGUUAUCGUAAAUGAAGAACUUGAUUUUAAACUUUUUACAUUUUACAGUUGGUUUCAAAAAACUUCUUUGGAAAUUAAGUUUUACUAAUUGCUUCAAAACAAGUUAACCUCUCAGAUUUAGGGAAAAAAUCUCAAAAGUUAGGAAAAAUACUUAUUUUAGAAAUCAGAUGUGAGCACAAACUGUGUGUUACACACACAGUUUUUGUACUGUAUAAGGUAGAUGUGCUACAUUUUCCAGUAAAAUGUAUCACAAAUUAAUGCCUUCUGAAGCCCAAGAUGCUUAGAAAUAAAGCAUAGUACAACUCUAAAAAACACAAAAUACAACUAAACCUUGAUGCAUUUCACAAAAGGCUGAAACUUCAUAAUUAUCUUUUCCAUAUAUCUUUGUUUCAAGUCAAAAGUCUGUAUUAAAAUCUUUUGUUGUUUUUUGUUCUGGCUUUUGUGAAAAAGGUUAUGGCAAUACUUUAUUAAUUUUAUUUUGUUAAAUUGUGUUUAUUUUUAGAAAGGCUCACAUGCAGAACUUAAAAGGCAGACUUUUUAACUCUUUAAAUGGUUGGAACAGACGUUUGUACUCAACCAAAAACUAAUUUAUUCUCUAGCUACAGAAGUUUUGCUCUGCUGUGAAAUCUAGUGCCCUGAAAAUUUUCCUAACAUUUAAAUUCAUUAUAAAUUUUUCACAUCUAAGUCAAUGAUUUUCAUAUAUGAGAGUUAGUUUUAUUAUAGUUAAUUUAACUCAAAAUGAAGUGAGAAUGCAUUUUAAAAACCACAACUGAGACCUGUUUGGGCCCGUGGCCAAAACUUACAGCCUUCCACGAGUUUUAUAUACAACAUCUCUGCAAAAUUCAUGUUACCUUCAUCAUAUGUAAUUUCACUACCUUCCAAGGAAGUACAUAGAAAGCAGUUAUAGAAUUGAAAAUAGUUAUAUAUAAAACUCCUUUAUUUAAUGUUAAUGCAUUAUUGUUUUGUUGAAAAAUAAUGGAAUAUGUGCCAAAAUAUGUGAAAACCUUAAAGAAGGGCAUUGACUGUCAUUUAUGAAAAGGUACACAUUAUGUAAUGGUUCUCAGUAAGGCAGGUAUUAUUGUUAGAACCAUAGACCUCUUAAACUGACCUCCUUGGGUAUCUUCAACAUAACUUUCUAAGUAUGGGAGUUGGGACUUACAUCUAUGUCUAGUAACACACUAAAUCCAUAAUUAUCUUCUAAGUCAGGUUGCAGAUUUAGCAGGAAACCAGGUAUAGAAGAAAUUCAGGAACUGUUGUGGUUAGCUUUAUAAAUUUAGGGUGCUAAUGAAACAGACUUUAUAUAAGCUUAUAGGAAUAGUCAUCUGAAUCUGCAAAUCAGAGAAUAAAACUAAAUUAAGUUCUCUUUAAUCUGUUGUUUCUUAAGCAAUAAAUGGAAAGAACUUUACUUCCAUAAAAGAUUCUGUAAUGUUUUCUCUGCCUUAGAUAUCAUAGAUGUAAAAAGGUCAAGAAACUAUGGCUAUAAAGAAGGCAUGUGGUUACAGCCACUACUUUAAUUGACGUAAUCAAUCAUCAUCAGCUAAUAGGAAAAUCAGAAUAUGGCCUUUUCUCUAGAUUAACAAAACGUGUGUAAGAAGUGUGAAAAAUAAACUGAAACACUUGUUAAUGAGGUAAUAUUAGAUCAUGCAGUCUGCGGUGCAGUUACCUUGGGUAAUGUCUUUCCCUUUAGAAAAGUAUAUUUCUUUAUUCAUUGAAAAUCUGUCCUAUACUAAUAUGCCACACUUUAUAAAAGUAAUGCAUUUGCUAAACUAUAUUAUAUACUCAAAUGUAAUCUAAAUGAUUCUUUAAGGGAAGAAAAAGUGAGUUAAAUCUUGCGAACUUUUUAGCUUUAUUAAAAUAUUUCAGAGAAAGUGCCUCAUUGCUAAAGUGCAUUUCUGUUUUAGAUUUACUGCAUGAAUUUUGACUUCUCUGUUCCUAUCUCUUUUGAAUGGCUGCAUAUCUAAGUACUCACUAGUCAAUUAUAGUGAUCACUAAGAAAGUAGAUACCACCAAAGACAUUUUACUAUUAAUAAUCAUGUUGGAGAGACAGUUUUAAUAGUUUGGAGGUUGGAAACUUUCAGAUUAAAAUUUAAUUUUAUAGUUUGGCAAUAACCUUGAUUAACUGCUAAGAUAUCACCAAAGAAAGGCUUUCAACUAAAUUUUCAUAGUGAGAUCAAUCAAAUGCAGGUUUUUCUUGCUAUACUCAAAGUAUACUUCCUUUUAAAGGCAACUCGUUGUUUUUAAGCACCCUCUGACAAAUCUUAGGAAGUCUUCAAAGGUGAAAAAAAGAAACACAACAAACAGACUGGAUGAAAAUGGGAGAAAUACAUACUUUGAAGGUGAAAUUGACAUUUUAAAUUUUAAUAUGAAAAAUAUUUUAUUCCAUGGAGGCAGUAAAAUCUAAAAUUACAUUUAGUUUCUGGGUUCUUAGUACUAUGAGAAGUUGUAUUGAAGACAGACUUUGAUAAAAGUGAUGUGCUUACUUGUACAGAAAAUAGUACAUUCUGUUGGACUUAUAUAAGUGCUAUUUCUAUAUUCCAAAGCAAAUUUUUCUAGAGCCUAUUAUUUUUUUUCUUAAAAGGUAACUCUUCUCUUACUUCUCAGCAAUUACUUUAUCAUUAGAAUUUAGCCAUACAGCCAAACUUGGCAAAAUGGUUGUAGAUCAAGAGCACAUACACAGAGUUAAACACUCUCCUUAGCCCAUUCUCCUUGGGAACUCAUGCUGUGGACCACCGUUAAGGCAAUAAAGUCAGUUAGGUCACCAGGUAAACCUCCUCAAAUAGAAUAAAAAUGACUCACACUCUGCUACAUAUUCUGGUUUAUCAUGAGAAGUUUUGUUGGUUGUAGCAUUUGCCAAAAUGAGUGAGACUGCCAUAACUUUAAUUUCCUGGAUGAGAAAUACAGAAAUGUGAAAGGCUGUUGUAGAUGUACAUCCCCACAGUACAGACCACAGCAUAGCUGUUAGUGCUGGUUUGCAAAAGAAUCGAAACAUGUACAUUGUACUAGAGACUUCGAAACCUUUCAAAGCACAAAGUAAUUCUUUCUUGAUUUACUUGAUGUACCUAGUUCAGUAGUAUUUUGAUGGAAAAGCAGACUGAAAAUUCCUUAAAUACUCAAAUAGACAUCACAGGGUUUUUAUAGUUUUCUUUUUCUUAAAAUGGUGGCAUCUUCCCCAAUGAUUUAAAAGUUACUCUCUUCCUAGUGUGAGGUAUGUAGUCUUCAGAAAUAGUGUGUUCACUUGCUGUCCCUGCAUUUCCAAAUAGAAUGUAAACACUUGAGCACUCCCUUCUCAGACAGUUAAGAAGUUAAACUUAGAUAUACUUUACUUAUUUGAAAUGCUCAUUAAAAUGUAUCUGUAUACUUGUUAUGCCCCUUUUCCUAGGGCUCAAAGGAGACAUUUUUCAGAAAUGCCUUUAAUUUUAACUAUCUUUAAAUCUCGAAUCAAGUGAAAACAGAUGUAUGUUAAAUCCUGGGUUGCAUUUUCUUCCAUUUUUUCAGAGCUGCAUGGAGUAAGAAAACUAAUCUAGUACAAUGAAGAUUAAAUAUUUCUGGGCAAUGUAGAGAUCGUAAACAGAUAAUUUAUCCAUAGACGUCACAUCAGUUCACUGGAGCAGGAGUUCUACACAAUAAAAAUGUCCUGAGUUCAGCUUAAUGUUAUUUGGGGUCGGUUUUCUUUCACUGUAUAUUUUAGAAUGGGAUGGGGGCCCAAGUGUCCUUAUGAAGCUGUGGUCCAUGACACGAGCUUGUGGGAGCACCGGUCAUGCUGCGUUCCUGCAUCUGGCACCACAACAGCAAGCGUCAGCUUUUAAUAGAGUAGCCCUCAUGUGAAGUAACACCAUCAUAGAAUCUAUUGUACAGUUAUGUUGCUAAUUUUCCUUUGAAAUAUAAAAUAUUUUAAGCUUUUUUUGUCAAAAGUGGUAACAUCUUAAUACGAAUAAAAACCUUUUUGUGGUUGUAAGAUUUAGCUUAUAAAUCAUUCAAAUUGAAGUGAAAGAAUUACCAGGUCAUUGUUAAUGACUUAGUCUAUUAAGAAUAUAUGUAUUUUUGUAAAGGAAAAGCACUUGUAGAUAUUUAAUCAGUACAAGAUAUAUGUCUGUUUUGCAGAAAUAAAAUGCUGCUUAGAGUCUCUUUAAAUAUUUUUUAUUUUUGUGCUCAAAUGUAUUUUCUGUCAAUCUAUGGAAUGUUCUGUACAAAGCUGUUAUCGUUGUACUGUUGGGCUAGAUACUUUUGUUUUUUAAAAUCUGGACUUAGCCAAGUACAUUUGACCAUGUUAAAAAUAGUAUCUUUGUUAUUAAAAUUUUGAUUGCAUAACUGACUGUUGC